AUGCUCUUCAAGAAUAUCCUCGCGCUCGCUGCUUCAGCUUCUCUCGCUGCUGCUUUCCCCGGUUACUCCGCAGUGCCUCCCAAGUCUUCUUCCAGCGCAUACGUGCCCCCUCCAAAGACUUCGUCUGCGCCUCCUCCCAAAGAGACAACAAUCUGCACUCCGUCCACAUACGUCAGCUCCAGCGUCGGCGAGGGCAAGACCACCUAUUUGUCUACCAAGACUGUGGUCAUUCCUGUCACCACUGUUACUGAGAAGCUCUCGACCGUCACAGCACCUUACCCAUACACCACUACCGGCACCAGCACCAAGACGGUCACGCAACUCACUACCUACCUCACUACCAAGACCUACUCGACUGUGACUACCAUCUACAACACCAAAGUAGAGAGCGAAGUCAAGUCCGCUACCAAGGUUGAGACCGUGCCAGUUGUGUAA